ACAGCUAAAACAACGAACAACAACAACAAAAAAGAAAGAAAAAAAAACACCGAGAAAACAAAAAAACAUGAUACACGAUUGCACGAGUGCUUGAAGAAGGCCAAAGGGAUUAAAUAAAAAAAAAAAAGGCUUUUGGGUUUGAUUGAUCACUGAUGUGAUCUUCCAUAGAAACGACUCUCCAAUAUCAAAGUUCACUUUUUUUUUUUGAAAAAAAGAAUUCUCCAUUUUUUAACCACUCUAUAUUUGGCUUCUGGGGUAGUUCUUUUGUUUUUUUGUUUUUUGUGGGAUUCUUAGCCAUUUUCUUUCAUCUCUGUUUCUCUUUUUUAUUUGGGAGAUUAUUCUCCGUUUUUUUACAUGUCUCAACAAAGGCAAUUUCAGAUGGUGGGUGGUAGCAACAAUCCAGGAGCAGGGCAGUACAAUGACACAACUUUUACGAAAAUCUUUGUUGGUGGAUUGGCUUGGGAAACUCAAAGAGAUACCAUGAAGCGUUAUUUUGAGCAAUUUGGAGAGAUUAUUGAGGCUGUUGUUAUCACAGAUAAAAAUACUGGGAGAUCCAAGGGCUAUGGCUUUGUUACAUUUAAGGAUCCAGAUGCAGCCAUGAGAGCAUGUCAAAACCCUUCUCCUACCAUUGAUGGAAGGAGGGCGAACUGCAAUCUUGCUUCAUUGGGUGCACAGAAGACUCAUGCACCAACUCCACAACAUGGAGCUGGACGGUUUAGACCAGCACCUGGGUUGAUGGCAUCGCCUGUUUAUCAUGGUUCCUCAUCAACAUUCAUCCAACAACCUAAUAGUCAAUAUUCAAUUCCUUACUCUGCUUAUGGGUAUACGGGAUACUCCCAAGACAGUAUUUAUCCUUUGAACUAUUAUAGUUUGUAUGGAGGUCAACAGUUCUCACCUUACUACACUGCCGGAGCAUCGAUGACACCCGGAAUGUUUCAUAAUUUUUAUCCAUUUUAUGCUCAAUAUGCACAAAAUAGCCAAGCUCAUGGUUUUGGUGUCCAAUAUCCCCAAAUGCUACAGUAUCCUUAUCUGCCUCAGCAGGGGAUCCUAUCACUUCCGUCUUCAAUGCCUUCGGCAACAACUCCCACGGCACCUACAACUACAGCAACCGUGACAACAGCGACAACGACUACAGCAACUAUGACAGCAGCAAGAACAGCUGUGUCGUCAUCGGAGACGGAAAAAACAACAUCACCAACUACAGAAUCACUACCUCCUGCAACUAUAGCAACAACUAGGGUGGUGGGAACGGAGUCAGGUCCUUCACAAAUUUCUGGGACACCUACCGAAAAGAAAACAUCAAGUUAAUUUCUGUUGUGGGAUGCAGCGUCUUUCACAAUACAAUCAAAGAUGUUUUGAAAGGGAAGCAAAGGUAGAGAGUAAACGGAAACAAUUGAAUAACAAAGAAUACAACAAAGUUUAUUUGAGUCAAAAGAAGGAUGCUUCAUGCCUGACCACCUAGCAUAACAAGACAUGGAACUGAAGAAUUUUAGUAGGGGAUUGUAGUUCAUUCAUGGAACGGGCAUUUUAGAUGUAAAGUUCGCUCCACUAACUGUUUACAGUUCAUUAUCUAUUCGAGUCACCGAUUCAUCAUACAUGUUUGGUAUAGGACAGUAGGGAGAGUCUGAAUUAGUUGUUAGCAUUAGGAGAAGAAAAUCAUAUUCGUUCGUGUAUGCAUGUGCAUGAGGUGGAACCUAAAUAUUGGCUUUGGAUUCUACCUUACAAAUGAUUUUGUCUCGGCUGCAAAAAGCAUCCGAUGACAAUCUUGUUCAUAUUUGUAGCAAAGUGGUUCAAAAGAUUGAUUUUGUAUCUUUGAACUCAAAUUUGAUUUUAUUGGUCAAGUAAAACGGCGAGCUCGGAUAGCUCACCCAUUAACUUAUAUAAAUUUUUUUUUCUCUUUUCUGUUGUGUUUCAUCAUUUAUGAUUGAUACUUUUCAAAGAUAGGAUUACUUGGAAUAAUAAGAUGGUAUUAUCUCAUUUGUCUUUUA